UUUGAUGGGUACAGUAGUGUUGACCAUAAAUAGAAAUGUCAGUGGAGAACGUUGCUGCUGAAGCAACACCAAAUCCACACCCUGGCGAAAUUCAACCAAUGAACGGUGAAAAAGCUAACAUGGCGGCGACAACCGCAAGUAGCGUUUCAGAAACACCUCUAUCACUCGCAACUCAUGAUGAUAAUGGAAUACACAACACAGAGAGAUGGUGGAACAAAAUCUUGGACAUAGAUGAAGCCAAACAUCAACUCAUGUUUUCACUGCCAAUGAUUCUUACAAACUUAUUCUAUUAUUCAAUCACUUUAGUUUCUGUCAUGGUUGUUGGUCACCUUGGUGAGCUUCAGUUAGCCGGUUCUACUCUCGCUAAUUCCUGGUUUAGUGUCACCGGCGCAGCUGUUAUGGUUGGUUUAAGUGGUGCGCUAGAAACACUAUGUGGGCAAGGAUUUGGUGCAAAGGAAUAUCACAUGUUGGGAAUUUAUCUACAAGGCUCAUGCAUUAUAUCUUUUAUUUUUUCAGUCAUUAUAUCCAUUAUUUGGUUCUAUACAGAACACAUUCUAGUGUUUCUUCAUCAAUCACAGGACAUUGCUAGAACAGCAGCACUCUAUAUGAAGUUUCUUGUACCAGGAUUAUUCGCAUAUAGCAUCUUGCAAAACAUGUUGAGGUUUCUACAAACACAAUCUGUGGUCAUGCCACUGGUUAUACUUUCUGCUAUUCCAGCAUUGCUUCAUGUGGGAAUCGCUUAUGGACUUGUUGAAUGGACAGGUUUGAAUUUCAUAGGUGGGCCUAUUGCAACUUCUAUUUCAAUGUGGAUAUCAAUGGUAUUGUUAGGUUUAUAUGUCAUCUAUGCAAACAAGUUUCAGAAUACAUGGACAGGAUUUUCAAUGCAAUCAUUUCAUUACUUGCUUACACACAUGAAACUAGCUUUGCCUUCUGCAGCAAUGGUGUGUUUGGAGUAUUGGGUUUUUGAAGUUAUGGUUUUCCUAGCUGGAUUAUUGCCUGACUCACAAAUAACAACUUCAUUGAUUGCAAUAUGUGCAAACACAGAAUUUUUUGCUUACAUGAUCACUUACAGUCUUAGUGCAGCUGCAAGCACAAGAGUUUCCAAUGAAUUGGGAGCAGGCCAACCAGAAAGAGCUAAACAUGCAAUGAAAGUCACUCUAAAGCUCUCUCUUUUCCUUGGAUUCGGUUUUGUUUUGUUACUUGUAUUUGGUCAUGAUAUAUGGAUUCAGCUGUUUAGUAAUAGUCCUAUUAUCAAAGAGGAGUUUGCUUCAAUAACACCCUUUCUUGCUAUUUCCAUACUACUAGAUUCUGUCCAAGGUGUCUUAUCAGGAGUGGCUAGAGGAUGUGGUUGGCAGCAUUUAGCUGUUUAUGUCAACCUUGCAAGUUUUUAUCUCAUUGGUUUACCAAUUUCAUGUCUCCUUGGAUUUAAGACCAAUUUGCAAUAUAAGGGUUUAUGGAUCGGUCUGAUUUGUGGCCUUGUGUGUCAAACCGGGACACUCUUACUUAUGACAUGGCGUAUCAAAUGGACUAAAUUGAAACUCUCCGGGGACAAAGAUAAAGACCAGCCUAUUGUUGUUUGAAAACAGAGAUAGGCAACAAUUCGCUUUUGUAAGAAAACAGAGAUUGAUAGAUUAAAUUACACUUUUUAUCCAACUUGUUUUAAAUAGGUACAAUCAACUGUUUUUAUUAAAGAAUGAAGAAAUCAGUGUGAACAUAUCUAGAUAAGAACAUUUUCAUAUAAUAUAAUAUAUCAUAUAGAACAAAGGAAGAGAAGCCAAGAGUAAGAUAGUUCACAUGGCAGCAACUAGCAUUUCAGAUGGCACAGCAACACCUAAUUUACUUGCAACUGAUGAUAGGAAACAGAAAUGGUGGAACAAAAUAUUGGACAUUGAGGAGGCCAAACAUCAACUCGUGUUUUCACUGCCAAUGAUUCUUACAAAAUUAUUCUAUUACUCAUCACUAUGGCUUCUCUCAUGCUUGUUGGUCACCUUGUUGAGCUUCCAUUAGUUGGAGUUGUUGAAUGUAAUCCAAGCUAUCCUAAUAGAGGUUGCUAUGCUAAUAAGAGUUAGUUAGAGGUGUUUAUUUUUGUUUUUUAGUUUGUUAUGAGCAGUACUUGCUGAGCAAGUAACACCUACAUUGUAUAUAAAUAACUCUAACUCAAUACAAUCAUAUUCUUCUCUCUCA